AUGUCUUAGAUUAUAUCAACACCCUAACAAAUAAAUUAACACCCAGUUAACAACUCCUCUUCAAAGCAGCUCUUCUCCUUCUCUAAGGCAGACCGUUUUUCUAUGCCAAAGAAGAUAAUGAAUCAUAAAAUCUCUUACGAUUUGCCAAGCAUGAAAUCAAGCAGAGCUGCUGGAAUAGGAUAUGGUGGAAGAGAUAUAUUCAAAACUGGAGUUGAUAGUCCAUCUCCAACCAAUUAUAACCAUAAGUCUGAUUUUAACGCUACAACAGUCUCCAAAGCUUUUAGUUUUGGUAUUGCAAGAGAAGCUUACAGCAAAGUGUAUAUUAAAGAACAUCCAAUAAGAGAUCCAAGUGUUCCAGGACCAGGGUAGUAUUAGAUCCCAGGCAUUGUUGGUAACGAAGCAUCAAAGUAUACUAUGAGACCAAAGACCGUUAGCAUGUCUGAUCUGAAUUACAAGGGUUAACCAGGUCCAGGUUCUUAUGAACCAAAACCAGCACUGAAUGAUAAAGGUUAUUACUACGUAUCGAAAUUUAAGAACUCUAUGGCAACUAGCAUUGAUCCCCCUACGAAGAAAUCUGUGCCAGGACCAGGCUAGUAUGAAUUCAACUAGGGUAUGAAUUAGCAGGGAAGUUAUUUUGUCUCUAAGUUUAUGAGCUCAAUGUGCAGAACACACUAUCAUGCAGACAGAUCUACUUUGCUUGGACAAAAGUUGUAAACACCAGGCCCAGGUAAUUAUAGAUUACCUAGUGACUUUGGCUACUAUGAAUCUAAGAAGAAAUACGAUAGUCAAAGAUCAGCUACAGGUAGUCCCGCUAGAAGAAUGGCUAGCAGUGCUAGUCAACCUGUGUUAAAUAAUAACAAAAAAGAAGAACUCUGA